AUGGAAAACGCGACGAGAUCGGUUUGCUUACGGUGCAAUUUCGUAUCGCCGAACGCGAUCGCAGAAUCGAAUGUAUCCGGUAAUCAUCGGUUUUGCUUUCGCAGCCGGCCUAUCUAUGAUCGAGAUGUGGCAAAGUCGUCGCAGGUUAAAAGCCUGUAUGGCACCUUAAAGCCAAAUAUUUCAGUUUUUACUCGGAUGGUUCGUCGAUUGGUCUUUUCUUUGUGGUAUGGUCGAACUGCAUUCGGCGAAAAAACCGCUGUUUGA